AUCCCAUCACACACUCGCAAACAACCCUCCUUCUCUCCAUCCACCGCCGUCGAUGGAUUACCCAUUUUUCCCUUCCCCGCCCGCCUCGUCUAUUGACCAGCCUAACCAGGCUUACCCCCCGUUUCCGACGUCCAGCUCUAACAGCAAUACCCCUACUUCGACACAGCAACAGCAAAACGGCAGGGAAACCUUGUCGCUUAAUCUCUCGUCGCUUUCUGUCGGCUCAUCGCCAGCCUCUCCAGCACCGUCUCAUCAGCGAACUGAAAGAAAACGCUCUUUUACUAGCAGCACCACACCGCCUCCAACAGACGACGACCAGGAUCAGGACAUGGAACCGUCACCAACAGAAGGACCACCUGGAUCAGCGACCAUUGGCGUUCUGGGCAAGCCAAUGCCGACCAACAACUUUGUGACCAAGUUGUACCAGAUGAUUUCAGACCCUAAAUCCGCGCAUUUUAUUGCGUGGACUGAACUCGGGACGUCGUUUGUCGUGUCAAAUGUGGGAGAGUUCAGCCGGAGCAUCCUAGGCAGCCACUUCAAACAUAAUAACUUCUCGUCGUUCGUACGACAGCUCAACAUGUAUGGCUUCCACAAAAUCAACCGUACGCCUCGUGCACAACGUACCUCUACCGACUCUCAGACUUGGGAAUUCUCGCACCACAAGUUUCUACGGGGACGUCCCGACUUGCUCGAUGAAAUCAAGCGCAAAGCACUAGAGCCCGAUUUAGGCGCGAAGCAUAGAGUCGAGCUACCAGGGGAGGUCGCCGCUCAACUUGCAGGCAUGCGCGACGAUAACCGUCGUAUGUGGGACGCCCUUGUUCACGAGCGUCGCAAAGUCGAGCGACUCACCAACGUCGUCGCAAGAUUAUGGGAUUUCGUUGGCAAAGGUUUCCCUGGUAGUCUCCCUCAAUUUCCAGCGGAGUUAUCCGACUCGCCGUCGCCGUCCUCGCCAAACCCGCCCCAACAUUUCUCCAACCACAAUCAUAACCAUAACCAUAUGUCCUCCAUUUCGCCUCAUCCACACUCUUCUCUCCCCUCGUCUAACCCCGGAAUAUAUAUCACGUCCCCUGCUCCACCCCCAAUGUUGCAGUAUUCCGCUCACCCUGGUGGUGGUGACCGCAAACGUCCACGGAUUGAUACGUCUUCAAGUUUAUUGGGCGUGGGGAUGGGCGGGGGUAUUUCAAGCGGUGGUAUGGGUAGUGCCGGCGCCCAUUCACCCGGAGGUAUUCUGUCCGCUCCGCCACACACCAUCCCUGAAGAGGUAGUGAAUGUUCGUAAUUCGAAAAAGUUCUCGACGAGGGCACGGAGUGACUCGGCUCCCCUGGGUCAUCAGCACAGCUACUCUCAAGGUGGAGGAGGGUAUUAUCAGGGGCCUGGACCAAAUUCUUGGGGGGUGCCCCAGGACUUAAUUGGCCGGCCGAGGAGCGGGAGUGGACUGGUCGGCGGGGGAGGGAUGCAAAAUAUUGGGAACUUGGGUCGAGACGGGAUAUAGCGUAAUGCGUAUCCUGCCUGUGGCGGCGUCUUCACGAAAGGAAUAUUCUCCGAAUUUAUUCCUUUGCUGUCCUCUUCAUUCUUUCUCUUCCUUUUGGCUUGUUUUUUUGGACAUUCACCUAUCGGACUCAUGCGUUAUCCUUCCCUCCAUGUAGAGUUUCCAGUCGCCCGUGCCUCCGUUCCUUUCGCUUCCGCUUUAUCUUGUCCGUGGUCCAUUCCCCUCAUUCUGUACCUAUACCAUGAUCUCUCCACACUCUUU